UGCGUCGGAAAUUAAACGAAUACGUUUGUAUUGGAGUAUUGGGCAGAGUACUUGCAGACGCGUUGCAUAGGGGGGCUGAAACAACCCUCUCGGCUCCCGAAAACGUUCAGUCUACGCCAGUCCGUCGGGCAGCACGGACGCUUCGCGCGCGCUCGCAAAUUUUCGAACUUUCCAUUCCAUAUCUGAAAUAUAGUGUUUAUUUUUACUUUUUUAUUGAAGGACGACCGGCAGCGUCAGAAUAUUAACCCGUCAAGGAGGCACCGUUUUGAUCACCAUCAUGGGCCGACGUUACUUAAUUUCGCUGUGGGUUCUGAUUUUCGUCUCGGCAGCUUACUGUCAGACUGAAACGGAGCCUCCAACAACUGCAACUACCAAGGCUCCAGCAACGACAACAGUCGUGACAUCAACUACUACCGCGUGGGAGACGGAGACACUGAACGAGGGCCAGGCGAUCCAGAAGGCGCUUCAGUACCUGCUGCAGCACCGCCAGCCCGACUGGGGCUGGGGUAACGACACGCACCACGUUAUGCUGACCUUGCAGUUGGCCAAUAAUACCGGUAAGGAGAUCGAACAACAAGGGCUGGAGAUGCAGCUUUCAGCUAAGCAAAUGGAGAUUGAGAUAUUGCUUAUGAUGUCCAAGCACCACGAGUCCCCCCCACCUCUGGGGCGCCUCGCCGCUUACACUCUGGCUCUGGGCGCGCUCUGCAAGGAUCCUCGCUCGUUCCACGGCCGGGACCUGGUGGCAGCACUCCUCCACAGGGAGCCGCCUCAUGAUCUUGAGUUCGCGUACGCAACCCUGGCUGCUUGCUCGUCGGCUGCUCAUGUUCGCCGCCGGCAUAUUAGGAGGCUCUUGGAUAUUGCUAACGCUGCGUCUGAUCAUAGCCUUGACACGAUAUCGAUGGUGAUCCUGGCACUGCGCUGCGUGGUGCAGGACCACCGCCACCGCAGCCUCAUCCACUUCGUGCGCCGCCCCAUGGCCGGGCUCGCGCGCCAGCAACACUCCGACGGCAGCUUCGGCACUCUCACUACUACCGCUCUUGCUAUACAGGCUCUUGAAGACUCAGACAGUGGGCCGGGAGCCCACCAGCACUGGAGCUUCCCUGCAGCCAGGAAGUGGCUUCUGGAGCGACAGAACGCGGACGGCGGCUGGGGCGACGUCGCCAAGACCGCUGCAGCUGUGGCGGCGCUCACUCCUGCUUCUUUAGCUGCUGUGCGACCCCCGCAUUGCAGUGAUAAGCUGCUUGAUAGCCGACAUGAACCAUUAGACAGCAACGGCGGCGACGGCACUCUGAAGCUGGCGUACCAGUCCGGCAGCACCAGCAACGAGUCUGACGCGCGCAACGUGUCCUUCACGUACACGCUGUGGCUCGGAACCAACGUCACUGAGAACUUCACCCUCCACAUGGUCACUCCAAAGAACGUAUCAUUCUACCACGUGAUGCAAAUGGCGGCGGAACACAACCCUAAGUUCAAGUUCGAAGCUAGCGAGUGGCCGAACGGUCACUACGUGCACACGCUGGCUGGGCACAAGGAGGAGCCCAUGGGCUACCACUACUGGCUGCUGUACCGCCUGCCCGAGAUCCCCGACCCGGCAAGCCCGCCCGGCAACCAGCUCGUCGCUCCCGUCGGUGUGGACGACCUAUUAGUUGAAGAUGGAGAGCACUACUUAUUCUGGUACAAGAAGUUGUAAUUCCAUCAAGCCGUUGCAGCUACCCUAUGUUACAGACUCAUUGUAAUCCCAACGUGUGUAGAUGGAUUUAAGAUUGCAAGCAAAUAACGACAUUAAUACGAGAAGCAUAGAGCUGAAUGUUGUUUACUUCACUGACUGUUCCGUACCGCUAAGAAUAGCGAAAUAGUUUCAACUUGACCUGUCUUGAGAAAGAGAGACCUUCAGAUGCAAGUUACUACAGGCUGUGGGUCACAGCACAAGAAUUAAAGUCCUUAACGAGAGCGUCAUUUAGGAAGAAAAUGUCAAAUCAUUGUGCAAGUCAGAGGACUUAGGGGAAAUAAUUGACAUUUUAAAUGUAGAUGUCGUUACUUGCUUACAAACAUUAGCAUCUUUAACCUGCAUUAAUAUUUUAUACUUGUUUUGAUAAUAUUACUCAUAUUUCCAAGUUUAGAACCUACAUUCACUAUUUGUACUCGACUCUCAAUAGAAGAAUAGCCUAGAUUUCUAUCAAAUCGUAUAAACUCAAUCAAUUGUGGUUUAACAGUUUCGUAGCUUAGCAGUGGUCAAUUCUCAUACGUUACCGUAGAAAUGUUGCCGUUUUAAAAAUCAGUUUCUACUGUUAAAAUGUUACCUUGUAUGGAUACCGAAGACCUAGUUUUUCCUACCCAAGAAGGGAUUUUAAUGUAAAUAUUUUGGUGUUUUAGCAUGGUAUGUGACAUGUAUAAGCUGGUAGAUGUGUUACUUUCGAUGGCUGACUAUCCGAAAUCUAUCAUACUACUGAUAUUACAGAGUGUCACUAAUACCUGUAAUUUUACUAUACAGUACUCAAACGGUAACUGUCUGUUGUAAAAAGCAGAGCAAUAGCAACAGCGAUUUUUUUCAAUUAUUGCUGAACUUUUAUUCAUAUACUUAUAAGACAAUGAUUCGAACAGCAAUCAUUGUGUAUUUUACGCUGUUGUCGCUUGGCGUAAUUUGACUGCGAGUUUUCUGAUAAACCUGCUGGCACAUUUACGAGUAUUUGGUGAGGGCUACAUGUCAUAUCUAAUAAUCAUGUUAAAACACCUGUCGUAGGAUCUAUCAUUGUAAGACAUUAGUUCAGUGUAUACUUAAUAUGCAUUAUAUUUUAAAAGUGCAAUAACUCUGUAAUUUAACACUGUCAAUAAUAUUGUCAGAAAAUUUAUACUAAAUUGUUAACUUUCUGAAAAUAUUACGGGCAUUAUUUUUAUCUUGCAACACCUUGCAUGUUAGAUGGGCAUGUAUCAUAGCUUAGAUCAAUGUUUAAGAUUCGUGUUAAAGUAAGCGAUUCUCAAUUUAAAACAUUUUUAAUACAUACAUAAUACAUCAAUUUAGUGAAAAUUUUGUAUGUUCCUUUAAAAGCUUCAAGAAAACCUUGUCAACUGUGGGAAACAAGAUAACUUAUAAGAGAAAGAAAUCGUAAAUUGCUUUGUCAAAACAAUGCAUAAUUUUCAUUAAAUCGAUAGGUAAUUCUAGUUAAAUAUUGUGUAAUCUCAAACCAUAGAUUUUAAAACUAAUCAUUUUAGACGAGACUGAACGCAGCGUUAUCUGAUUAAAGUGCGUUAGAAUAACAUUUUUAUUGUACCUAUUGAAUAGUUCUUAAUAAACUAUGAAAAUUCAGUAUUC